AUGAAAAGUAAAUUCAAUUUGCUAAUACUUCUAGCAUUCAUAGUAGCAUUAACAAGUGCUUCUUAUGAACCAGACAUUAGUUUGGUCAAAUCUAGAAGUCCUUCAAGAGAAAUUAAAUAUUUCGACGAUUCUUCAACUUUAUUAGUCUUGAGAGAUCGGAAGGUGUCUAUAUCCCAAGAUGAUGGUAAAACUUUUAAUGAAAUUGAUUCAAUUAAAGAACAUGCCAUUUUCUUUGAAAUGGAUCCUUAUAAUAAUAAAAGAGCAUUUAUCAUGACAGAUUCUAAAAAACAAUAUUAUACUGAAGAUCAAGGUAAAUCAUGGACUGGGUUUGAAAUUGAUAUUUUUGCUAAUGAUAUGGCUUCAGUUCCUAAAAUUUCAUUUAAUGCUGAAAAUAGUGAUUAUUUGAUGAUUUCAAAUUAUGAAUGUCCUGAUGGAAGAGGAUUAAGUCGUCGUUGUAAACACAAGUAUUUUUAUACAAAAGAUGGUUUCCAUUCAAAACCAAAUCAAUUACCUGUUGAAGCUCAUGUUUGUAGAUUUUCAAGAUCAACUAAAUCAAGUCAAAUUGGUAAAGCAGAAACUAUUUAUUGCUCAACUAAUCAAUUGAAUUCUUAUGGUCAUGUUGUGGAAUCUCAUUUAUAUAAAUCUGAUGAUUUCUUUAAAUCACGACAAGAAAUUAAUCCCUUGGAUUCUGCAAGUGGUGAAAUUAUUGAUAUUAAAGUUGAAGAAGAUUUUAUGGUUGCUGUUCUGAGAACUGACAAAUUUAAUGAUAAUUCCAAAAUUAGUGCCUUUAUUUCAAGAAAUGGUGAUGAUUUUACUCGUGCUGAUUUGGAAAUUGAUAUCAAGUAUGGGGUAAUGUCCUUUUUACCAUCCAGUGUUUCAUCAUUGUUUUUAACAAUUAUGGAUUAUAACUCCAAAGGUUUCAAAACCGCUUCAUUUUACUCCUCUGACUCUUCAGGUUUACACUACACCAAAUUGAUUGAUCAAAUUGCCGGUGGACACAUUGAAAAAGUGGAAAAUAUUGAUGGUGCUUGGAUUGCCAAUGUUGGUGUUGAUGCUCAAAAGGAUUAUGAUCAAGAUAAAUCUUUGUUGGAUAAUUUGUUUGGUGGUACAUUUGCUAAAGAUAUUGUCACCAAAGUUUCAUUCAAUGAUGGAAAAGAUUGGGCCAUGGCUAAACUUAAUGAUAAUUCCUGUAAAUUAGAAGAUGGAUGUUCAUUACAUUUAUGGGAAUAUAGUGAAUUGGAUGGUUCUGGUAAAUUUGUUACUGGUCCAACACCGGGUAUUUUAUUAGGUGUUGGUAAUAAAGGUAAACAUUUGGCCAAUGAUUUCACUAAAAUGAAGACUUAUGUUUCUCGUGACGCUGGUGCUACAUGGGAUAAAGCUUUAGAUUUCCCAGCUGUAUUUGCCUUUGGUGACCAAGGUAAUGUGAUUUUAGCUGUUCCAUAUAAUGGAAAGAAAAAAUACGACCCAGCUAAGAAUUUAUUCUUCUCCUUGGAUCAAGGUAAAUCAUGGGAUAAAGUGAAAUUAGAAGUUCCUAUUUAUCCAUUGACUAUUUUGACAACAAUUGAUGGUACUUCUCGUAAGUUUAUCAUUAGUGGUGUCGAUGAAGAUUACUCCACUUCUGAAUAUAUUUACUCAGUUGAUUUCACCAAUGCAUUUGAUGGUAAAACAUGUUCUGAUGAGGAUUUUGAAGAAUUUGUCGCUAGACAAAUUGAUGAUAAUGAACCAAUUUGUGUUUAUGGACAUCGUGAAAAAUUCAAGAGAAGAAAGCAAGAUGCUAAAUGUUUUGUUAAUAAACUUUUUGAAGAUGUUAAAGUCAUUGAUGAUCCUUGUCAAUGUACUGAAGUCGAUUUUGAAUGUAAUGUUGGAUUUAAGUUAUCUGAAAAGGGAGCACAUGUUUGUGUUCCUGAUGCUAAGCAAAUUUCUAAAAUGUGUCAAUCCAAGAAAGAAUUGAAAUUAACAGAUAAAGUAUUGGUACAAGGAAAUAAAUGUGAUAUGGGUAACAAAAAACUCAGAUUUUAUUUCCGAAGAAAC